GUUGCCCGGUUUGCUCGUUUACUGAGCGGACCCUGGACGGGAGCCCAGCCAAGUAGGCGAAGAAAAUGCCAAUGCUAUGCAAGGAACUUUUAAGCAGCCGAGUAUCGCCAAGGAUCCUCCUAUGACGCCCUGUGCGCUUUUCUUGGUUGCCGUCUUUUCUUGGAAGUUCGCCCACCUUCGCCUCAUGUCCCCGCCUCAUGUUGUGGCUAUGGUACUCAGACACGUGUACUGAGGUCAGCGCAGCACUACAAGAAUGCAAGCUCUACCCUUGACCGCGCUCAUCAACCAUGACACCACGAUCCAGCUUCACGACUAGUCUCCUCCUGUUGACGACGUCGCAGGUUUGGCUUCUUCAGACCCAUGCACGCAAGUUCACCGUCACGAAUUCAUGCUCUUUCACUAUAUGGUCAGCCUUAUACACCGACCUCAACGUCGGCACAGCGGUCCCCAACCAACCAACUGGAUGGGAGGCUGCUCCUGGCAGCUCCGUCACCUUUGACGUCCCGGACAACUGGAAAGCGGGUCGAAUCUGGGGUCGCCGCGACUGCGACUUUAGCUCUGGUUCUAGUGAUCCUUCGACCUGCUUGACUGGCGGGUGUAACGGUGGAUUGCUCUGCGAUAAUCGCACGGGGACGGGCGUGCCACCGUGCUCCGUCGCGGAAUGGACACUGCAGGGAGAUGGAAAUCGUGACUUCUACGAUGUAUCUCUCGUCGACGGCUUCGACCUUCCAAUGAGCAUCACGAACAAUCAGAACUGCCCAGAAGCUGGUUGUUAUACUGAUCUCAACCCAUCCUGUCCAGAUGCUCUGAAGGGUCCCUCGAACAGCAGCGGCGCUACCCUAGGAUGCAAAUCAUCCUGCCAGAUCGAUACGAACCAAGCCGACUCCCCGAACUGCUGCUCCGGCAGCUACUCCACCGCGGAUACAUGCCCCUCCUCCGGCGUCGCAUAUUACGACUAUUUCAAGGGCAACUGCCCCAACUCGUACGCGUACGCGUACGACGAGUCAUCCGGGACAGCGCUGUUUACGUGUGACUCCUCAUUGAACGCAGACUACACCCUAGUCUUUUGCCCAUCGGGCUCCAAUAGCAGCACAAGCAGCGCGACUUCCGGUUCGCCUUCGCAAACCGCGAGCAGUGGUGGGGCAUCAUCCUCAGCUUCAGCAUCUAAUGAGAACUCGGCGACGAAUAGAGCAGCGGCAGUGGCGGACGUAUUGGUACAUCUACUGGCGGGUAUAGCGGGAUUGAUGUUUGUUGGACUCGCGCUGUAGAUGUAGAAGCGGUACCUGCCGAGGUGGACGGUAGGGUUAUCUUUCCCCCCAGUUAUCCCUUACUCGAGUCUAGUGUAUCGGUCUUGAUGACAUCUGUUUGGCUAGAUCA